AUGAACUCGGCCUUGGACAAACUGUACAAUGAGCUCCUCGAGCAAGCGGAUAACGAGCCCGAGGAGGAGCUCACAGAAGCCGAGCGCGCGAAGCGCUUCCUAGCCGAGAAGCAAAUCACAAUCGAGAAGCUCAAAGAGAUAAGCUUGAAGAAGCUGGAAGAGGAUGCGCGCAGGAAAGAAGCUGCGAGAUUGCGCGAACUCGAGCGCAAGCGUCAAGCCGCCAUUGAAAAACGCAUCGAGCAGGAGAAGAAAGAAAAGGAACUUAUAAGGCAUAUCGAAGAGAACACCAUGCGUUUCUGGAAGCGUGAUAUCACGGGAAAGCGCAAGGAGACUGGCAUUCUUUACUUCGGGGAAUCGAAGCGCCGGGGAGAAGCCUGGGUACCGCACGGCCACGGAGAAUAUCGCGCUCAUGGCGAGAUCAUCUACGAGGGACAGUUCUUCGACGGCGCCAUGCACGGCGAAGGCCGCUUGCUCAUGGACAACGGGAAUAUCUGGGCGGGCCAGUUCUGGAAGGACAUGGUGCAAGGCAUGGGAACCAUCAUUUCUGAGGAGGACAACAACAAGCGAAAGGCCAUCUACUGGCGAGAUCGUAGAGUCUGCUUCCUCGACGAGCUUAUGCCCGGCUGUAGGCUCCAACUGCUCUCGGACGAGUUUGUAAGGGAUGCCGACGGCGCGGCGUUAAUUGUCGGCCCCACGCACCGAGAGGGCCGGUACCGGCUAAGGCUCGACAAUGGGACGGAGAAGCUGGUGAGGCUGGACAACGAGAGGUUUCGGCUGCUCAGGCACAAACCACGGGUUAUCACACUGGACACCAUUUUAGGAUCCACCACGUACGGGCUGUUGUAUAACUACGACGACGACCAGGCCAACCCGCAGACGUCAGCCCACCGUGAGAACUACUACUACCCUGAUCUGUGGGCCGGCCGGGAGAAGGCGAAACGGGAAAAGCAGGCGGAGCUCGACCUCGAGAUGAAACGUUCGCAGAUACUUGCCCGGAGACAGGUGGAGAGGGACGAGCAAGCAGCAGCGAACCAAGCUGCCGAAGUCGCGCGGGGUCUGGAAGAAGAGAGGCUGCGGCAGGAGGAGGUGGAGAGGAUGGACGCACAGGCCGGGGAGAAGGGCAAGGAAGCGCUCGAGGCCGCCCAAGAGGCGGCGGCGGCCAAGAAGCAGAAGCAGAAGGAUCUCAGCCGGUCACCUCCCCGCGACCGGGGGUCUUCAUAG